ACUUCACGCCCUACCAUUCGUUCCAUCACUGCACCGCACCACUCCCUCACCCUGCCUACCCUCCCCCUCCUCAAAUGUCUGGCCGCAUGCUGAUCACAUAAUGCCACCUGCAGGCGAUCAUGAACCCAGCAUGGAACGGGCAGAAUACCAUGUUUCAACACGGCGCCAGCCACCAUAGCUACGGCAAUAACAAUAACAACAACAACACCAACCACAAUAACCCUCUCGACGGCUUCGAUUUCUCCCAGAAUGGCCAGCACGCGCCGCCCCAUCCUCCGCCCUCCGCGACCUUCGCUCCCAACUCCACGAUACCGGCCAAGCGGCCCCAUGACGACGUGUCGCGCUCGCAGACUCCCUCCUCGUACGGCGCUUUUCCCGGUCAGCAACCGUUUCCUAAUGCGCCCACUCCAUAUCAACACCUGCAACAGCCCGGAUCCAACAACGCGACGCCCUCGCCGACGAUGCAGAACCAGCAGUUUCGACCUCCCCAGCAGCAGCCCCAGCAGCAGCCACAACCGCGCAUGAACAACGCGUCGCCAUCGCCCUUUCCCGGCCAGCCGCAACAGGCGAACUAUGGCAACCCUGCCACCCCACAAGGCCAGGUCAAUCCAAUGGCACAGAUGGGGAGCAUGAACAUGGGCGGAAUGAAUAUGCCGAGCAGCCUGCAGCAGCAGAUGGCCAAUAUGGGCAAUAUGGGCAAUAUGCAGGCCAACAGCGCACAACGGGUGUAUCAGAUGAAGCUUCUACAGCAUCAGCAGCAGUUGCGCGCCAGUGGCAUGUUGCCUCCACGUGUCGGUGGACAGCCUGGACAGCCUGGUCAGCCUGGACAAAUGGCAGCCAUGGGUGCUAUGGGUGCUAUGGGCACAAUGGGCACAAUGGGCGCAAUGGGCGGUGCCGCGCAGAUGGCCAAUGGCCAGAUGAAUCCUCAAAUGAUACAAGCGCAUCAACAACAGAUUGCGAAGCGGCAGCAGUUCAUGCAGACUCUCCAGGCAUACGCGCAAAAGCAAGGACGCCCGUUCAACCCACAGCCCACGAUAGGUGGGCGACCUGUCGACUUGUACACCCUAUUCACAGUCGUGACCAGCGUGGGCGGCUCACCACAGGCUGACAAGAACAACCAGUGGCAGAUGAUCGCGACUAAACUGGGCUUCACGCAGCCGCAAUUUCCAUCUGCGCCAGAAGAGCUGAAGAAUUUGCACUCGGUAGCAAUAGGAGCGUAUGAGCGUAUGUGGUUUCAGGCGAGGAUGUCGCAAAAGCAAACCGAGGCGAGGACGCAUGCGCAGCAAAUGGCGUUCAACGGACAGCCGCAGCAAUCUCCAACCAAGAUGAUGCAUCCCGCGGGCCACCAGAACCAGUACCAACAACAGUAUCAGCCGAAUCAGCAAACGCAGCAAACUACGCCGGUGCAAGCGAACGCAUCAUUACCGCAGAAUGGCAUGUCUACGCCACAGCAGAUGAUGGGAGGCGCUGUUGGUAUGCAUCACCGCAGGAAUAGCAGCUUGCGAAAGGCUGAGCAGACGACACCUCAACCUGGGGUACGACCAGACACGGCAACGGCGUCUCCGCUUGUGGCCAAGCAAAGGCCGCCUUCUGUGAAACGAGAAUCGACUGGCCCCGUCAUGAAGAGCGAAGAGCCCCAAAGUACCAACUACGAGCCCCACAUCAGGUCAAUAGCGUCGGAUGGAGGGUACGAUAUUCCUGCGCUGUUCGAUAUUGGAACUGUCAUCGCGUCGAAGAUGCCCAACAUGCCUGCCGUGGACGAAAUGGGCGUUAUUGACACCAAGGCCAUCACGCUGAGUCUAGCAUCCGGUAUACACGCAGAGGUGCGGUAUGCGCUCGAUGUCCUCGCCAUCAUCUCCUUCGAUCAACGUGUCGCUCUCAAUCUCAACUCAUGCGAAGACUUACUGGACGUCAUUAUCGAUUGCGCCGAAGAACAGAUCGAUACUCUCGCAGAAGAUGCCGUCGAAGUGUCAGACGCCCUGGACCUGCCAGCGUAUGAAGAUGUGUUGCGAAGCGCCAAGCUGGAGGCAGAGACACUGCAGGAAGUGCCUGAAUUCGGUUCGCGUGCCUAUGACCUUGAUCGGGCUGCGGACAAGCUGAUUGCCAUCAGCACCUCGCUCAGGAACUUCUCGUUCUACGAGUUUAACCAUGUCUUGCUCACAUCUGCGCCUGUCAUAAAAUGGCUGAGUAACACCAUUCGAUUGUUGGGGACUCGAAAUAUGCUCUUGCGAACCCACUACAAUACUGGUGACUUUUUCAAGGACACGAUUAUCUUCCUCUCCAACAUUACGCAGAGUCUGGAAAUCCCCUCACGAGAUGAUGCACUGCACCUCUUGCACUUCCUGCUCGCUUUCGCGCCACAGCCUGCGCCGAAAUAUACCGAAAGUGGCGGCAACUUGAGGUUUACGAGCUUUUCUCCCAUACAACAUAAAUACUUGCCACCCGCCGUCGAUUGCUUGGCCAAGUUGCUUGCCAGGCAAGACCCCAAUCGAGCAUUGUAUAAAACCAUCUUCGCUGGGUCAAGUGCAGCCGCAGAGCCCCCGAUCGACCUACUGACGAAGGCGUUUGCGUUAUCAAUAUCGGUAUUGCCCGAUCGAUCGAAAGGGCCAGUGGGCAACACAGCGCAACUGCGAAUUGUCGAAGCUAGGAAGGCGUAUCUGACGCAGGGCAUGUUGGCAGCUGACAUCCUCACCACACUAGCACCGAGUAACGAUGCAAACCUCGCACGUGCCUGGAUCGAAAGUGAGGAUGGCUGGGCUGUCGCGCUUCUCAACCUCGCGGCUCUGCUGUCUGUCGAUAGAAACCAGACGGCUGGACCCAAGGGGCGUGAGCUGGGCAUGGAUACGGAAACGUUCAAGCUCAUAACCUAUCGCGCCCUCACAAUGAUGAAGCGGCUCGCAGAGAAGGGUGGAAAAGGCAGCAUCCAACGUGUGUUUGGCCCGAAGGACGGUUCUCAAGACAGUGGAUCGAAUGGCAUGAAUGGCGAACAUGGCGGAGACUACGAGGAACUGCCGACGGGACCGAAGUGGGAGGGUAUACCGCAGGGGCAUGCGAUCCUGGGUGCGUUGAUGAUGCCCAAUACCGACAAAGUGGCGUUAGGUCUUCUUUGCGGACUACAUGAAAUGGCCAUGUCGCAGAGCUAAGGUUUGGGAACGGCGCUGGCGUUGAUCAGACGAAUUGCAAAGCCCGACACGAUUUGACACGGCUUGGCUAGGAGUGGGUCAUGAUAUGCAUUUCGCGGUCGUGGGGCGGGAAGACGAGAACGAUUUGAACUUUGGACGAUUGUUGUGUACAAAGACUCAGGCGGGGCAAAUGGAUACCUUAUCUGGUGUGUUGUAAGAAGAUGUGAGUGCACAAUGAGAAAAGAACGUCUUGUGUGUGUACAUGCAUGAUUUUCCAUUUUGCUACUUACUGUGAGAAUUGUAGCUUCGAUCUCCCACAUCGCCGUCGUCGUUGUCUUUCCCCUGGCCGUCUCAUUGCGCGCUUCCAUUUCCCCAAAACGUCCGCUGCAGUAUCCUCAUGAUCAUCCUCAUAGUCAUCAUCGGCGACCCAGACACAAAGACACACAUGAGAGAGAAAAACCUGCCCAAACCCCAAGCUCACUCACUCACUCACUCAAGAGGAAGGAAAUCUCUCUCCUUUUUACACCAAGAAGCCAUCAUCAUCAUCACUCACCACCGGCUCUGGCUUAACCUCUUCUGCCUCCUUAUUCUUCUUCUUGUUGCUGCUCACAAGAGUCUUGAUCCGCUUCGCAACCGGAGUCAGAGCUUCAUCGUCGUUCUCAUGCUCAUGCUCAUCCUCGUCAGAAUCGCCAGCGUUGGUCUUGCGAGCUUUGGUUUUCUUGGUUGCUGAAGCUAAAGCUGAAGCUGAAGCUGGAGUAGAUGGACGGCUACGCUUG